AUGCCUGCAGAGGAUCCGCGUCCGCAACAGCAGCAACGAUAUGUUCAGCGAGUCGUUGGUACACAAAUACCAUACCAAUACAGUGCUACCCCAGUCGCAGCCACACAGUGUGCUUCUCGCCAGACGGGGGUAGGAGGACUUCAUCGCGGUAUCCAAGCUCCCGCUGUGAAUGUGCAGGCCGCGCGAACGACGCCGCGCACUCAGCAAGAGCAGUGGCUCAUCGAUGCGCAACCAGACCUUCAAGGAACGCCUGUCACGACCGUACCGGCUAUUUCCGCCAAGCAAGGCACUGUGGGGGCUGCUGUCCGUCCUCGUAUUGAAUUGCUCGUGCCGCGCGACGUGUGGCGUCUGCGAGCUCUGCCACCACUCCAACGUUAUAUCGCCUACCACCAUAUGGUAGAGCUAGGAUGUCGGAUGAGCCAGUGUGGCCAAGCUAGCGAAGAAUACCUCAAGCUUUGGAAUCGAAUCGUGAACGUCCAAACGAGCUUGAUGGAGAGAGAGAUGGAGUUGGCGAACAAAUUCAAGGAGAACACGGCCGAGACCAGGGCAAGUUGGAGCCAACUCGUGGCAUUUCAGACUGUCGAGACACCAGUCAAUUGGGAGAUGCGGGUGGCCUACAAGAACUAUCGCGAUCGCGCCACUGCAUGUGGGACGCCUGCUGAGGAUCUGGCGGUCGAGUCUCAGCCAUCCACAUCUGGCCAAGUGCUGGAACAGCAGAAGCCAGAUACGUGGCAAAAGCCGGUACCGAAGCCUCAGACUUCUAUAUCUUCUGAGCCUACCGUUACUUCGUCAGUACCAGUAGAGACUAUCAGACCAGACCAGGUAAAACAUCCCCUGGACACAGUCUCGGUCCCUCCAUACCCCGGCGAGCUCGAGGACUUUACGCCGCACGAAGUCACCGGAAGGUACAAAUGCAACCACCAAUUUGAAACCGGGGACUGCUGCACAGAAGGCGUCACAAAGGAAAGAAAGAGAGCUUCAAUCUCGCGGGAUAAAUCGGCGUGGAAACGAAAGAUGGAAGAGUUGGUCAAGAAGGGCGACUUGGAUAAGAGCCAUAUUACAUGGAAGACGGAACAGUCACCCAAGCGAAGUGAAGACCAGACGAUGAAGCAUGCAGAGAAAGAGCGACUGCGGGGUGAAAAGAAGGCGGAUGCCAGCGCGAAGAAAGAAGCGAGAAAGGAACGCAGCAAGAAAUGGCGAGAGCAGCCACACAAUGCGAAUGAUGCAGGAGCUGCACUUGGACCUAUUCUGGCACCGAAUUCGCUUGAACAGGACGUCGCGUCUACUUCUGAAGUUGAUUCUGAGCUUUCUCCAGAAGAGCAGGCUGCUGACGCUGAGGCCGCAUUUCAAGAGGAAGUCGCAAAAAAGCUAAAGAAGUACGAGUGGGAUAUCAAGAGAUGUCGGCUCUACGAGAGGAGAAAGAAGUGGCCUAAUUGGCCACGCUUUAAUGAGUAUUGGGAGGUCAAACAUCUUGAGGCUCAGGGUUUCCAGCUUUCACCGGAGCAGAUAAUCAUCUCGAAGGGUGAUGAACCGUCUGGAAUUCCGGACAAGAACCCCGCGUUUGUGAAGAAGAAGGCCGAAGAGAUGGUGCCGACGCUGGUUCAGGAGCCGGUAGACGCGGAAGAGAGCUCUGAGGUAGACGAUUCGAACUUGGAUGAUUUGUUCGAGGAUGCAGAUGAAGCGGUCGAGUAA